AUGCCCGUAGAGUUUUCAAGCAUCGAAAACGUCACUUACCUUGACCUUUCCUCUAAUUUUAUCACCGUAGUAGUACUGUCGGAGAUCGGAGACUUGUCAAACUUGGAAACCUUGAUUCUUGCUAAUAAUAGCUUCAUUGGCUCCAUCCCUCAGGAACUAGGGAAUGUCUCUUCUCUCUUUACAUUUGAUCUCAGCUUCAAUUCCCUAUUCGUGCUUGAGUUGAUCACAUUGAGCCGAAAAAACUUCUCCGGUGAGCUUCCGGAUUCAUUGUGGCCACUCUCGAAGUUGCGAUUCCUUGAUAUCUCCUACAAUAACUUCACGGACAAUCUGCCGGAGCUCUCCUCUACCAUGAACCAUGAAAUACGACGUCGUUAG